AUGCAGCGGCUUCAGCUGGACGAACUUCCUGGAAUGGAAGGCUUCGAUACGUACAAAAACUACCCGGCCUUCCUUCUUGACAUGCAGGCAUUCAGUCUACAGACUGGAAAUGAUGCCAAGGACGAGGCCCUCGAUUUCCAAGAUGAAGCUGUCCUGAGCGCAGCAGCGGCUGAGUCCGAGGCCAAAGCGGCUUCGAACCUGGUGACUCUUCAUGCAGACAGCUUGGCCGUGACCUUCGAAGGCUGCAUGCUGCUGCUGCUGCCACUGUGUGGGGAUGGCAAAGGGGUCCAGACCUUCUUGUUGCCGGCUCGCAUCGUAUCAAUGGGGCAUGCACGAAGCUCCAACACAAGCAUCUUCCAAGAGGACGAAGUGAUCUUGGUCAGUUUGAUCGGUGGGUCGCUCCAUGCGAUCCAGGUGUCCCGGGAUGGGCACUGCCGGACUUGGUGCCGGACGCAGCUCGGUGACACGAAGCGGCCCUUCCUGAGCGCUGCGUUCAUGGAGGACUCGUCCAUCAUGGCUCUGGUGUACCGAACUGCCCGCGGUGAAGCAACGAACACGCUGGGUUAUAUAGAGCUUCUGGCGCUGCAGCUCAACGAGCAUGCGCCGGAGGAAGCUAAGCCACUGUGGGUGGCUCAUGGUCCUCAUCCUCCACAUGCCGCACACUGGGAGUCGCCGUACACGGGGUUUCUGGUCGCCUCCGGAGGCUUCGAGCUGAGUGCCGGUGACGGGCCCACCUUGCAAACCGAAGAUGCCGUGUGCACUGUGUUUCGAAUGGAGCCUGCGGCACAGGCAGAAAUGAGGAGUUGGCUUCUUCCCAGAGGCGAUGUUUUGAGCUGCGCAGAGCAUGUGGGUGGCCUGGAAGUCGCUUUGGCACACAACUCCCAGGGCGCACUACUCUUCCGCAUGGUGUUGGAAUCUGAAGGUCCCGCGAUUCUCGAUGCCGUCGUGAUUCCAGGAGCAGCUGCUUGCGCAGCUGCGCGGGAGCAGCUCCAGAUAUUUGCAGUGUCGCCUGAUCGAGGCUUCUUUGUGUUGGUGGAUGGAAGUGGUGGGGCAGCUGUAUUCCGCUGUCCGGAUCCGUGGACUUCAAGCUCGCGCUCACCCACAGUCACGGUUUGCUCGGAGAGCACGAGCGCGGUGAAGCUGCUAGAGUCGUCUCUGUUGAUGCGUACAAAACAGGCAAUUGUCCGGUGCAAGCUGAACAUGUCUGCAAAAGUGGAAGGGGUAAAGCGCGAGCUGAUCUCCCGGGAAUUGAUGCCUCUCGGGAUGGAUCCCACGGCUUUGCUGAGGAUGCUCGACAUGCAAGGGGAGGACUAA